GUGCUGGGGCAGGAAGGUAAUAACGGGGCAGGACUGCUGUGAUAUGGGCUUAGUGAGAGGAAAGUGUUAGAGGGUCAGGAACUGACCACAGUGUGAUUUGAGUAUCCCAGCCAGGACCUGGAGCUAUUUCCAUCUUUAGUUCCAGAGUCCUUGGUUUUGUGCAAGAACAAAUGGAAAAGCAUCCUCACCAGAAUCACGAACAAAAGACAAGCAUGACAUCCAUACAGCGGAAAAAGAAUCACACGCAAGACCUCACACUUGACAGCACCUCCAAGGAAGAUGCAGUGAUACUGCAGGUGCUGUCAGCUUUUAAGGAUAUACAAAAGGAGCUGCAGGAAGAUGCUCGAAUUCGAGGGAUGAGUAACUGUUGUGUUACACCCAUCUCAUCUUCACCCAGAACUGGAAGCACAAAACCUUCAGAUUUCUCUGCAACUUCAAAAGUGAAAUCACGGUUUGACAUUGGAGUCCAGUCAUCAGGAACCCAUUUCUACAACCAUAGGACACAACUCUUCAACCAGUCAGCUAACUACCUUGGACCCUAACUCUACCCAUCAAGGAAAAAAGUACUCUGCUUCUGUCAGGUGUUUCUUCCAGAUAACCUUUCCUGCAAACUCUUGUCUACACUGCCUACCAAACUUUAUCCAGGAGCCCAAGCCUCAUAGAUAUUUACCCAACAUGGCAGAGCAGCACCCUAGCAAGAAGAUAUCAUGUAGGGCAGGAGGCAAUGGGUUGAGAAGGUUGGGCAGGUGAAGCCAAGCUCAGAGUAGGUUCUUUUGGUCUCAGAGUGUAUCAGAUGUAAGUAGUUCUGUGUAAGAAGGAUUGUUCAGGAAUUAGGGAAAAACAGUUAUGGGAUAAAGAAGUGCAAAGAUGGAGACUUUAAAAAUACUAAUAAACAUGAAGCCAAAAUUGCUUCUGGAAAGUCCUCUACCAACUUACAUUACUUUUGGGACCUAAUUCAGCACAGGAGUCUGAUGGACUCCUGUGUUGGGGUCUUCAAUGACACUGCAUACUGUUCCUUUAGUAAGUAACUUUCCUGCGCCUGAGAAUCAUGUAACACCUAGCCCUACCCUAGAGAAGUAAAUUGUCUCGGUUAUUCACCCUCAACGGCCCCCUCUAGG